UGUGCUGAAAGAAGAGCUGUUUUUUGUUUAAAGUCCCUGAGCAUUUCAAACACAAACUCGCUCUUUUUAAUGUCCUACACAUUAACUGCUGUAUUGCAGUGCUCAAGAUGUGCUGGUACUGAUGGGACAGGUCUGCUGGUGUUCUCUGUUAAUGAAUUUGUCUUCCUCUCUCUAUAUAGAAAGAUUAAACUUCUCUUGGUUUUCAAUUUCAGUUGCUGGUGACAUGUAGACAGAACUGAGUGUUCUCUUCCAACAGAGAGACUUUGCUAGAGAAGAUGCUGCUGGAAUUGAAUGGGACUAGACUGAAGUCACGUUGUGUUUGACUUCAAAACGAAACCUAAUGUCUGGGGGCAAAAUACGGUGCUGUGUAACUGAAACUUGCUUCACAUGAAAUCAUUACCGUAAUGUGUGUUUGCUUAUCGCCCCGCCUUAGACUGGACAGGUUUGCUUCCUGUGAAGAUCAUCUGAGAAUGGGGAGAUGGGCAAAUCUCUGUGUUUGAAAAGAGGUUGUGACUCAGUCAGCGCUGUGAAACUUUUGACAGUUUGAAGAAGGUUGUGAGAACAGUGUUGUUCAGUAAAAUUCACUUCCUGCCACGGCAGUUGUUGUCACUGUUUGUUUAUCACCAAGUCUGAAACCCAAAAAGCAGUGUCAAAAGUUCAGUUAAUUAUGGGUGCAAGAGUGAACAGCAGAGUUUGUGUGAAAGACACAAGGGGAGAAGGAUGUGCAGCAGCCCAGAAUUAAACCAAAACCACUAAAAUUUGGUAAGGGAAGGAGACUUUCCUCUGGUUCAGCAUGAUCAGAUUUCUCAACUGCUUUCUGCUAUCAUGUGGCCUUGGUAUUGUCUCCAGGGUGGUCUGUCCCUUUGCUACUCAAUGCUUUGUCUUUACAACCGAGAAAGCUGCUGACUUCCUUUCCUACCCUCACUGCUCUUCCAUAUUCUUCUGAAAUACUUCUCAUGAUGUUUUUUUCCUGCUGUUGUUCUCAAAUGAAUGGGUACAUCUAUGCUGUCCUUUGUCCUGCCCUGUGCAAACAGCUUUUAUCCCCUCAUUGCUUGGCGUGGAACCAAGUGCUGGUACCCAGAAGUGCCACCAGAAAUGGGAAAUAUGGGCUUGGAUAAUGUAUGUUAAUGGGAAGCAUCUUUGCUUCAAGAUGGUUCACUCUACAGAUGUAAAGCAAAGAAAGCGUGUUGUAGGCUACCUAAGGGAUCUGUAUGAUACCUGUAAUAUAUUGUGGCAGAAUGAAAAAUCCCAAGCCCUUCUCCAUAUUUAGCCAUCCUUACAGUGCAGAAUCUUGGAGAUUUCUCAUAUAACUCUUUGAUGGUUUUGACUGACUCUGCCAUAGGACGUACAGUUCAUUUGAACUAACGUGCAUAUUCUUUAUAAAAAUUGUUCUGAUAUUGAUGGAUUAAGUGGAGAGAUGCUCAUGGCCCCAGCUGUUCUGAGAAUAUGUAUUUUUUGAGGGUAUUUCCUUUCUGAACAUUUCCCUACCUGAGCAGAAAUUACGUUUAAAUAUAUUCAGACACAGUUGAAUGCAUUCUCCUGUUCUGCUUUGCCAGUGAUGCGUGGAGUGUUGCAAAGUUUUGUGCGUUGAAUAAUCAAACAGCGUACUAAACAAGGAAGCUGCCUUCUACUUGAGGGGAUGAGUCAAACAUUAGAUGGACUGACCUUUUAUUUUAUGUCUUAUGUGAGAUAUUUUACACUAGGGUUCUCAGAAAUGUUCUGGCAUUACUCAAUAUGUUUUUUUCCCCACCUUCUACUGCAGUGCUCGUUGGGUGAGUACUAGCCCUCGGUGUUACGUAGGCAAGGCAUAUAUAUACACACAUGCGCACACCGAUAUAUUUGGAAGUAAGGAUAACAUAUAAGCUGUUUAUAAGCAGAGUUUAUCACUACCAGUGGAUCAGUUAUCCUUUGCUGUGAGGACACACCUGGAGAAGAAAUCAUAACGAUUGGAAGAGACAUGCACGGGCUACUCUCCAUCCACACCAGAAGACACAGUGGGACGCACUGAUUGCUGACAGUCUAAUUCAGUAACUUUGCUGAGUGGAGUACAGGUGAUGUAUUGUCAUAUACAGCUGUAUCUGGCUCCUGCUCAUACACAGGACUGAGGUAAACAGCAGGCAGAAGGUGGAACAAGAUUUCCAGAACUCUUCAGGAGAAGACAUACCUCAUCCCAGUAUACAAGGAAUUUCUAACAGGACUGGGCAGGGCAAGAUCCCUGUAAGCUCCUCGGAGUAAGAUUAUUGCCAUGCCUUUGUUGCCAUGCCUGAAAAAAAGAAGUCGCCGGGGUCUUUGGGAAGGAGUAUCUUUCAAAAACACAACCCACCUGUCCAGCAGAACUACCAGGCCUUGCUGGAGAUGUGCUUGAGGAAUAAACAACUGUUCAGUGAUGAGAGUUUCCCUGCUGACAUCAGCUCUAUUGGAAUGGGAGCAAUACUGAAAAAACUCCCUCGAAAUGUACAGUGGAAGAGGCCACAUGCUUUGCACAGAACUCCAGUAUUUUAUGCUGCAAACAGAAAGCAACUUGACCUCUGCCAAGGAUUAGUGGGGAACUGCUGGUUCCUGGCUGCUCUGCAAGCCUUAACAUUCCACCAGGACAUCUUAGCUGCAGUCGUGCCACAAAACCAGAGCUUUGAGAGGAAAUAUGCUGGCAUUUUCCACUUCCGGUUCUGGCACUUUGGUGAAUGGGUUGACGUGGUGGUUGAUGAUCGCCUGCCGGUGAACGAGGCGGGGGAGCUGGUCUUUGUUUCUUCAGUCUAUAAGAAUGUGUUCUGGGGAGCCCUUUUGGAGAAGGCGUAUGCUAAACUUUACGGCUCCUAUGAAGAUCUACAGAUUGGGCAAGUUUCAGAAGCCUUGGUGGAUUUCACAGGUGGUGUUAAUAUAAGGAUCAAGCUUCCAGCAGCUCCUCCUGAUCUGUGGGAUAUCCUGACAAGAGCAACCUACAGCAGAUCUCUCAUGUGCUGUCAGACACAGUUAGGGGCAACAAAGGUCUUGAAAAAUGGACUUGUUGCUGGCCAUGCUUACACAGUAACUGGUAUUAGAAAGGUGACCUGCCAAUAUGGACCAGAAAACCUAGUGAGACUGAGAAAUCCAUGGGGGAAAAUUGAAUGGAAUGGAGACUGGAGUGACAGCUCUUACAAGUGGGAGUUGCUGAGCCCAAAGGAGAAAAUUUUGCUGAGGAAAAAGAAGGAAGAUGGAGAGUUCUGGAUGUCUCUGCAAGAUUUUAAGAUUCAUUUUGUAGACGUUGUGAUCUGUAAAUUAACUCCAGACCUGGUGAGCCAGGAAGAUGGGAAAAAGUGGAUGUUUUCACUGAAGAAUGGGAGAUGGGUUAAAGGAAGCACAGCAGGAGGAAGUCUGGGAUUCUCCAAGGGCAUGUUUUGGAUGAACCCCCAGUACUGGUUGAAUGUUUUAGCCAGUGAAGACAGUAAGAGAAACCUGGGUUCCUGCAAUGUGGUUAUAUCCCUGAUGCAGAAACACAGCAGCAAACACCGGAAUCGAGCUCCUCACCUCUUCAUUGGCUUUUCACUCUACAAGGUGGCCCUACAGCAAGAGGAAAUCAAUCAAAAGCUGCCUCCAGCAUUCUUCACCCGGCACCAGCCUGUGAACAAGCGCCAGGUGUUCCUUGAUGAACGGGAAGUGACUUGUGACUUCCACCUGGAGCCUGGUGUCUAUGUGAUUGUGCCAUCCACUCUGGAGCCUCAGCAGGAGUCUGAAUUCAUUCUACGUGUCUUUUCCAGGAAGCACAUCCUUCGGGAAAUGGGUGGGAACACCAGUUUCAUCCUCUCCAAGGAAAUUGUUGAUAGGUAUGAAGGCAAGAUCUGGGAGGAUUUCUUCACGAAACAUUUUGAACAGAAUCCUGAAAUAAAUGCUGUUCAGCUCCAGAGGAUCCUGAAUAAUGUAUCUUGGAGACAUUUUUGGAGUUUUCACCUGAAUUUCAGUCUGGACGCCUGCCAGAAUAUCCUGGCACUCCUGGACCUGAAUGCCACUGGCACACUGAGUAUCCAGGAGUUCCGAGUCCUGUGGAAAAGGCUGCUUUUCUACCUGGAGGUUUUCCAGAAAAGAGACACUAACAGAUCAGGAAAACUAGACCUGGUAGAACUGCGUGCAGCUGUACAGGAGACAGGCAUUUCACUCAGCAAUGAAGUCUGUAAUUUGAUGGCGAUCAGAUAUGGUGACCCUGACUUGAAGAUCAGCUUUGAGAGCUUCAUGUGUUUCAUGCUUCGAGUAGAGAUCAUGGGAGAGGCCUUUCGCAACUUAACACAAGAUGGUAAAGGGAUAUACCUACGGGAAUCUGAGUGGAUGAUGAUGACACUGUAUUCUUGAAGGAGUGCUGCAAAGGAGGGGACAGCAAGACCUGUACUGCAAUAAGGAAGGCUGCUUUCUAUCAACUUGCUGUGUACGUUGGAGUCUGGGCUCUUCCCUGCAGUUUACCUCAUAAGAAGUCUUCCCCCUCAAGCAGACUUGACCUACUGGCUACAGACUUGUUGCACUGAUAUUUUUCUAAUGAAUACAUUUGUUUUGAGUCCUAUUGCACUUCAGACAACCCUUCUGAGAAGAAACUGCUGGAUGCCAACCGCUAUGGGUGCACCAUGGAGCAUAGAGGCUGAAUUGUUAGAAUUACCUAUUUAAUGCUAAUGUUACUCUGUUACUGUUAUAAUUGGCACGUGCUGUGGCAGUAUCUAAAGGCUGUGCCUGAUGAUGGAGCUUUAUUGGGACAAGUAACUCUGAAUCUAGGAGAGAAACUGCCCCUGUCUGAAGUGUCUUGUCAUCUAAUAGCGAAAAUCCAAAUUCAGCAGUUGCUUGGCCCAUGAUAGAGAGCUGGAGUCUAUGUGUUGUCGGGGCAAGGGGCUGGGGAACUCUUCUUUGGCCAUGACUAGGAGAGAUCAUUUGCAAGUAUUCAGACCAUCUCUUUUGCUUUCAUGCGUCAGCAUAGCUCUACUGAAGUGAACCUAAGGUGAUCUGACCAGUUUGUGGACCAAGCCUCCAGCUCUUAGUUGAGAUGGAGAUUGUGAUGCUUGCAGAUUAGUUCAGAGCAGAGGGUUCUCUCCGCGAGUUGCAAAGCACAAUACAGUGAGAAAUAAAUGAAUCCAAUGUUAUCUUUAAAUCUCUGGAGACUGGCAGGGAAUAGAUGUUCAGUGUAGCAUAAUACAGGAGCAGUCUGGCAAAGAGACUGGUAAACCAUUUGGGUUUUUGUUGGUUUUUUUUUUUUGAGAAGCCGAAUGAGAGAAUGUUUAUGUGUGAGUUGUUAAGUGAUUCAGGAGCAUAUAGGCUGUAGUGUUAGAGAACAUACUUGAGGCUAUUCCCACCAAACUCUGUGUUGGAGUUAGCUGACGCAUCUCUCUUUAGGACCCUUCUUCAUUUUCUUACCAUUUAGUUGUUUGGCCUGGAAAUUGCCACACUAAGUGCUUGGUACAGGUUGCUGCUGUGGCUUUUGCAUUCCAGAGGACAGCACAAUUGUUCUUUCUCUUGUGCACAGUCUCCUUAGACCACUGAAUGCAACAGGGUUCCAGGAAUGAUUAUAUUAUGGAAGAUACUGUAGUGCCUUUGUAGGAAGGAGUUGUAACAAGUUUGCAUGGGCUUAUGCCUAUACAUGAACCUGAGCCCAGGGAUGUACUUUCUACUGCACUGAAGCCUGUGCAACAAGCGUAUUUAGAGAGAAACUCCAUUGUGUACGUGUUCUCAAUCAGGAGGCAUUAAACAGCACAGUGUGUUCUUUAUUCGCCAGAACAACCUGUUCCUAAGAGUAUUAUUUUCAUGCUCUUUUGAUGAGUAAACUGUUAGAACGAGAUAAAUAGCUGUAUUUUUCACUGUUUAUAACAUGACGUAUUUAUCAGUUAUUGUGCUGUGUUAUUGUGUGUCACUGGAGCUCAAGGGUUCAGAACUGUGGGGCGUAACAAGUCAGAAGGAGCAGGGACAUCCAGGACCCUCGAGCAGAUGUCAUGAUGCUGUCAUCCUGCAGGGCUCCCAAAGAGGCUAUUUCAGCUGCCCCCACUACAAAGCACGUGCCCUCUCCCAGUUGCCAUGCCUCUGUUCCCUUUUGUGACUUGCAGCUGAACACAAUGGAGCAAACUAAAUAAGCCUGAUUUAAUUUGCACUCAGCUCAGUGGGUGAUGUUAUAAACACUGAUUUACUGCAUGUAGGAACAGCACUAGAAGAACCAAAAAGGUUGUAGGAGAGAACGUAGGUCUUGCUCUUUCGGCAUGCUCUGAAGGAGAUGGUCCCAAUGAGGGCCCUAGGCUGACAUGAGUGUCAGUGUGCAGAGUUCUCAGCAGUGCUCUGCUGGACAUGACGAGAAGUAAAUCUGUCAGUCCCAACUGGGUUUGCUACACAGUGCCUGUUGGCAGUGCUGCAGGAAGCAUUCAAGGCCAGAAGGAUGCUGGACAAAGCUUCAGUAGCCACUGCCUCCAGCCUUGUGCAGAACUGUGGUGCAGGACACCCAGUUCCACAUGGCAGUUAAUUUCAAUUUUGUACAUAUUGUUUUAUAUAUAUAUAAGAUUUCGUAUUUAUUUGCUUCAUACCUAUUUAAUGCAGAGCAAGGAGAUUAUUUUGCUAUUGAUUACUUGAUCCGGGAAAGAAGCAGAAUUUGUGCCAUGCCAUGAAUCACUAAGCACUUGCAGCAAUAAACUUUAUUGAGCCACGUGACUUGCUGUUACAGAAAUAUAAAGAAUGCUUUACUGGAAUGAUUAUACCAAACCAUGUACGAUUCAAACUGAAUUAUCUGGCUCACAAUAAAAAUGUUUUUGGCAAUGGCACCUACUCAGACACUGUGAGGCUUUUAUAUUGCUAACAGAGUAACGUUUGCUGGGCAAUUCUGAAGAUAUAUUACUCUUCAUUUACAAUGUGCGUUGUAGGAAAGAGUGGUUUAAAAGGCUGCUGAAGGAUGCAUUCGUUUGUAACCAUUGUAUUUAUAGAGAUGCUGAGCUAUGCAGUGGGCGGCAUUGCUCGAGCAGAAAUAGAAGAAAAGUGAGGCUGUGAGUUGGGACUGGUAUUGCUAAUAGAGGCUUUUCUGGGGGUGAAAGACAGGCGCAAAUAACAGGAAUAGCAAACAAUAGCUGGAAUGCGAAGAGGAGCUGGAUAACAAGGCAUGCUGCAACAGUAAGACUGAUGUGAAAUUGAAAAGAACUCUGCAAAACAAAAUACUCAGAGCAGGAUGCACGCUGCUGCAUACGGCAGAGGUUUCCUGGAUGAACUUGGUGCAGCUGGGGCAGGGACUGGUCAUCCUCACUGCACAUGUCCUGCAUUUUUAGGACUUCUCUCUAGAUGAGAACAAGCUCUACUCUCAAGCCUAACGAGAUUUAAAACAGGUGAACACUGAGAUGUGAUGUGUGAUGAGCCUGGCUGGAGUCACUGUAAAACGUGGCCUCAGUGGAAAGCUGUGGCAGAGACCUGACAUCUGACUUCAGGAAAAAGAGAGACCAUCCUGAAUCAAAGCCACUGCCACAUCCAAGUGUUCACCUCCUCUGCUGUCCUGCACUUUUACUAGGAGGCUGAAUUCAUGUAAUAGGAUUCCAAGUUCUAAACACAAGGUCUUUUAUUUCUCUGUGAGCUUUUCAGGCUGUUUUUAGGCUUUUCAUCCAAGCAUGUAGGGCUGGAAAACUUUUCUCAUCCCUGUAGAAGAGGGGUGAAAGGCAGGAGUCCCUUGCAGGUGUGAUGCUUACAUCCUGACUCAGGACAUGAAUGAUGUGCUACGAUAUCCUUUGUUACUAUUUAAAUUGCUAUGGUCCUCCCCAUAGCCACCCUCUUUCCAUACCCACACACCCCAUGACAACUUCCUCAAAAAUAAUUGAAAUAUUGUACUAAGAAAGGGAAAAUAUGUGUUGGUGGGUUGUUUUUUCUUUUUUUUCCCCUCUGGUCCUCAAAAAAUGAGAUGCUGAUGAUUGCCUUUGCCUUUCCUUCCUGCUGUGUCUUACAAUGGAUUAGACCUGAAAAGCCGUAUCACCAAGCUUGAAGUUCAAUUUAUCAGUGCAGUCAGGAUUGAUUUGUUACACUACCUAUUCUGGGGAAACAAAUGUCUCCAUCGCUCUCCUUUCCAAUCCGGGCAGACCUUUGUUUUGCUCAGAUCAGCUAUGUAAUGUAGGAAGCUGAUGUUCCAUAGAUAAAAGCAAAAAGCCCUGCAGAAUCCUGACUAAUCCUACCCAGCCUGGCAGUGCCAGAGACUGGUGCUGCUUGCAAAGUGCUCCCUGUCAUGUUGGUGGCUGCAGAUAUUGGGCAGAAUGAGUGCUCUUUGCCUGCACUUAUUCCCUGCUGUGUUGUUGUUGUUGUUGUUGUUGAACAAGUGGUAGAAAGUCAUAGAAAAUGA